AUGACGAGCGUUAUUGGAUUCGACAUCGGCCAGUACGGCUCCAAGAUUGGUGCCGCCCGCAACCGUGGUAUCGACAUCCUCGUCAACGAGACCUCGAACCGCGCGACUCCCUCCCUUGUCGCGUUCGGCCCGAGGUCGCGCAUGAUCGGUGAGGCGGCCAAGACGCAGGAGACAUCCAACUUCCGCAACACCGUCGGCUCGCUCAAGCGCCUCAUCGGCCGGACAAUCGACGACCCGGAUGUCGAGGUUGAGAAGCAGUUCAUGAACGCCGAGAUUGUCAAGGUCGGCAACACCGUCGGUGUAAACGUCAACUACCUCGGCGAGCAGGCGACCUUCUCCGCGACUCAGCUCUACGCCAUGUUCCUCGCCAAGCUCCGCGACACCGCCGCCGCUGAGCUCAAGUCGGCCGUCAACGACGUCACCAUCGCCGUCCCCGUCUGGUACACCGAGGCGCAGCGCCGCGCCGUCCUCGACGCCGCCGAGAUUGCCGGCCUCAACUGCCUCCGCCUCAUCAACGACACCACCGCGACCGCUCUCGGCUACGGUAUCACCAAGACCGACCUCCCCACCACCGAGGAGCCCUCGAGGAACGUUGCUUUCGUCGACAUCGGCCACUCGGACUACUCCGUCUCCAUCGUCUCGUUCAACAAGGGUCAGCUCGUUGUCCGCUCGACUGCCUUCGACCGUCACUUCGGUGGCCGCGACUUCGACCUCGCCCUCGUCCGCCACUUUGCGAAGGAGUUUGAGACCAAGUACAAGAUCGACGUCCUCUCGAACAAGAAAGCCACUUUCCGUCUCUCGGCUGCGGUCGAGAAGCUGAAGAAGAUCCUCUCGGCCAACCCUGUCGCACCCCUCUCGGUCGAGUCGAUCAUGAACGACAUCGACGCGUCGUCGACGAUGGAGCGCGAGCAGUUCGAGGAGCUCAUCAAGCCCCUUCUCGAGAAGGCGACCAAGCCUCUCGAGGAGGCCCUCGCCGCCUCGGGCUUGACCAAGGAGGACAUCGAGACUGUCGAGCUCGUCGGUGGCUCGACCCGUGUCCCCUCGCUCAAGCAGGCCAUCCAGGACUACUUCGGUCGUCCCCUCUCGUUCACCACGAACCAGGACGAGGCCAUCGCGCGCGGAGCCACCCUCGCCUGCGCCCAGGUCUCGCCCGUCUUCAAGGUCCGCGAGUUCACCACCACCGACGCCCAGCUCUUCCCGAUCAAGUUUGUCUGGGAGGCGUCGGCUGACGCGCCCGCCGAUGAGGGCACCGAGAUUGUCGCAUUCGACGUCGGAAACGCCAUCCCUUCGACGAAGAUCCUCUCGUUCGCCCGCACCGAGCCGUUCGAGCUCGAGGCCCGCUACGCCAACCCCGAGCUCCUCCCCGGCGGCAUCAACCCCUUCAUCGGCAAGUACACCGUCAAGGGCGUCAAGCCGGCUGUCGAGGGCGGCAAGAACACGGUGAAGGUCAAGGCCCGCCUCAACCUCUCGGGCUGCCUCUCUUUCGAGGGUGCUACGCUCAUCGAGCAGGGCCCCGAGGAGGACGAGGCUACCCCCGCGCCCAUGGAGACUGACGGUGCCGCCGCCGCUCCUGCCGAGGGUGCCGAUGCUGCGCCCGCCGAACCUCCGAAGAAGGUCCGCAAGACGACCAAGACCGCGCUCCCGACCGUCGCCGCCGGCCUCCGCCUCGACACGUCGAUCGUCAACGAGUUCCGCGAGAAGGAGGGCCAGAUGCACGCGUCCGACAAGCUCGUCAUCGAGACCGAGGACCGCAAGAACGCGCUCGAGGAGUUCGUCUACGAGGUGCGCGACCGCCUCGAGGGCGGCUGGAAGAAGUACUCGUCCGAGGAGGACAAGGAGAAGCUCCGCCAGCUCGCGUCGCAGGCCGAGGACUGGCUCUACUCGGAGGAGGGCGAGGACGCGACCAAGAGCGCGUACGUCGAGCGCCUCGACGGCCUCAAGGCCAUCGCCGACCCGGUCGCGCUCCGCUACCGCGAGCAGGACGACCGCCCCCGCGCCGCCGCCCAGCUCCGCGAGCUCCUCAACGAGUACCAGGCCAAGGUCGACUCUGGAGACCUCUCGCACUUGCCCGAGGACAAGCUGCAAAAGGUCGUCGAGACCGUCGCCAACACCCAGGCUUGGGUCUCGAACAAGCUCGCGUCGCAGGCCGAGAAGAUGCCGUACGAGAAGCUUUCGAUCACUUCCGCCGAGAUGUUGGCCCGCCGCGAAGCCAUCUUCAACGAACUCCAGCCGAUCGUCACGAUUCCGAAGCCUAAGGCCAAGACGGAGGAGGCUCCCAAGGCCGAGGAGACUCCCGAGGUCGACAUGAAGGACGCCAAGGACGUCCCCGUUGAGGGCGACAAGCCCAAGGAGGACGACAUGAAGGUCGACGAGCUCGACUAA